UGCACGAUUUAGAGAUGUUACUGUUGGACAACUUUCACAAAAAAGGAAGCACACCAGCUUUUUAGCUGUAAAUUCUCAAAUUAUAGUCCCUUAGCUUUUGACACCCCGUUUUCAAGUUCCCUUAAUCUCUCCUUCCUUCACAUCAUCACAUGUGCCUUCUUAACCCCAUCUCUAAAGUAGCAGUAGUAACUUCUCAGAAGCCUAGGCCCCCCUUUUCUCCCCCACCAUCUUCUUUAGAGCGUUUUUCCUUACCUUUUUCUCUUUGAAAAUUAUCAUCCCAGAUAAUGAGCUGCGAAGAUGGUGCUAUUUUCAGUUACAACUUCAGGCCUAAGGUUUCUCCAGACUUAAUUCUUUUGAAGGCUUGACAAGCUAAGCCACAUUUUCAAGAAAAUGGGCAGAGCAACAAGGUGGUUGAAGAGUUUGUUUGGGAUAAAGAGGGAUAAGGGCCAGAAGGAGAUUAAUCCAAAUUCCGGUAGCCAGAGAGAAAACAAAUGGACGGGAAUGGGCCAUUCGGGAAGAGACACUGCUGAUGGGCUGUGUUCAAAUCCAAACACCAUUCCACCCAAUAUUACCCCGGCUGAAGCUGCAUGGUUGAGAUCUUUUUACGCUGACUCUGGUGACAAGGAGCAAAGCAAGCAUGCCAUAGCAGUUGCUGCAGCCACCGCCGCUGCCGCUGACGCCGCCGUCGCCGCUGCACAGGCUGCGGUGGCCGUGGUUAGGCUCACCAGUCAGGGCAGAGGAGGGUCCAUGUUUGGUGGUGGUGGUGGUAGUCGUGAAAAGUGGGCCGUUACAAAAAUUCAAAGUGUUUUCCGCGGAUUCUUGGCAAGGAAGGCACUGAGGGCUUUGAAAGGACUUGUGAAACUACAAGCACUAGUGAGAGGUUAUUUGGUGCGUAAACAGGCGUUCGCUACAUUUCACAGCAUGCAAGCUCUUAUAAGAGCACAGGCCAAUGUUCGUGCCCAAAAAACUCGAGGCCUCCUCGAUUCUACUGCUGCAAGUUCAAACCGGCAGUUUCAUGCUGCAAAUUCGGCGGAAAAGUUUGAUGAGGGUAGAAGUAGGCAGAAUUCAUUUCAUAACAGAAGGCUCUCUGCAUCGUUUGAUAGCAUUAACUCAAAUGCAAUCGAUGAAAUCCCAAAGAUUGUGGAGAUAGAUACUGGAAGGCCUAAAUCAAGAUCCAGAAGAAGCAGCGCCUGGGUAUCAGAUUCCAUUUCCGGGGAUGCCCAGACUCUAUCCUCUUCGUGUCAAUGCCGACAUCCUCCGCCCCACCUAUCGAUCCCUGAUUGCAGAAACUCUCAAGACUCCGACUGGGGACUGACUGGGGACGAAUGCCGCUUCUCCACCCCUCAAAGCACUCCCAGAUUCUCCAAUUCUUGUGGGACAAAUCCACCUGUCACGCCAGCCAAGAGUGUUUGCGUGGAAAGCUUAUUCAGGAAUUGCCCAAAUUAUAUGGCUAAUACGCAGUCAUUUAAGGCCAAACUGAGGUCUUACAGCGCACCGAAGCAAAGGCCUGAACCGGGGUCCAAGAGGAGGCUAUCGCUCAAUGAAAUGAUGGAGUCCAGAAGUAGUCUAAGUGGGGUCCGAAUGCAGAGGUCAUGCUCUCAAGUCCAAGAAGUUUUGAGUUUCAGGAAUGCUGUUGUCGGUAGGCUUGCAAGGUCUUCAGAAUUCUCAAAAGAGCAAUUAUACAACAGGGAUUCUUACUCGGAAGAAUAUUUUGAGUAGCGAUCGAAAGAAUGUGCUGCAACUAUCAAUUCGCAAGCGCAAACAGAGCAUGUAAUUGUCUAGAAUCUAGAUCAUCCUAGAGACAUAGGGCAAGAUGUAAUCUUUACUCCCGUUUUCAUUGAAGAAGUGAUCAAGGUCGGUUAUACCAGUACUGACGAGGUUAAUAAUAAUUGUGUGUCUAAUUUUUCGUGUUGCUUA